ACGAUUUAAAACUAUCUAAAAAUGAUUAAAAUAUAUGAAUAAUCUCAAUUCAUUUCUAAAUCAGAACUAUUAUAUAAUAAAUACUAACAAAGUAGUAGUAGUAGUAGUUUCAUAGUAAGGGUUCGUCUGAGAUAGAUUGUAAAUUUAUCAUUUAUGGAUUUGAUUUCCAUUAGAAAUUAAGUUGUUGGUGUCUGGCGAGACGAAGACACGCCUAUGUUUUAACUUCAUUAAAACAUUCGAAACCAAACUAAUUGUCUUAACUGACUCAAUAAAAACCAGUUACCUUUGGCACAUACAACCGUAAUAUCCCGAUUUCUGGUAUAUGUGAAAAGACUUAACAAAAUUAAUGUGGCUACUUAUAUCACUAAAGUGCAUUUACAUUUUCGGUCGCACAUCCGUUUAGAACUCCAAGAUUAAGCGUGCUUGAAUUGAAGUACUGAAAAUAUGGAUGACCUAUCAGAAAAUGAUUCGCGAUAUCGUGCGAGUGAGGCCAAAGCGCAAAAAAGUCGUGUAUUGAUUGCAAAGUCAGUAAACAAGAUUUUUGAGGUUCCGAAAAUUAACGCACGUUCUGUCAGACUAAAUAAGGUCCAUGGACCGAGAGCGCGGGCAUGGGAGGCCCAUUAACCAUGAACUGUCGGGCAUUAUAAGUGAUAUCAAAACCGAAUAUAGUGUGACAUUGGUUACAAAACUGAUAAUUAAAUAAUAUACAAUAGAUUGGUUUUAUGUGUUUUGUUAAAGAACAAUAGAUUGGUUUUAAAUCUGAUUUAGUUUGGUUAUGUAAAUUAUAUAUUAAUUACUGAUUUGAUAAAAAAAAUAUCAUAUAGCAGAAUAUAGAAAUGAAAGAAAAAUUUAUUAAAAAGUUUCUUACCUAAAUGACAAAAGUUUGACCAUAUAUUUUUUUUACCAGAGAAAAGGUUACUAGUUUUACUAUAUAAACACCAUCUCCCCUCUUAUGCUACACACACAUCUCUUCUGUCUUCUUCUUUUCCUGCUAGCUUCCUUUGGAUAAAAAAGGAGAAAUGAAUGCUUUUGAUGGAACCUACAGAGGAGUGAGGACGUGUUGGGCUGCACCGUCUAGUCCUAGCCCUAGAUCGCUACUAGCAAUGCUGAAUCAAGGCGACAACAAUGAUGUUGUGGAUCAGAUCAACGAGAUCUUCCCUCAAACUAAUCAUCAGCCUGAACAAAGAUCCAGUCUCCGCGAGAGAGUAGCCGCACGAGUUGAAUUCAAUCUUCCACCGCUCGAGACACAGAACAACCGUCCAUUUGCUGCUUUCUUCAGGAACCCGUCGACCACCGUUCCUUCUCCUCUCGUCCUAAUCUCUCCAGGAUUCAGCCCAUCUGCUAUGUUGCAAUUUCCAAACAUGUUCAUUGAUCCUUCACACAUGAUCCUUCCGUCUCCAGUCGCCAAUGGCGGGCCUCCAGAGGCGGUUGAAAGUUCUGGUGCCGACCAUGCAACGAUGAUGAUAUCCAACAACGAUCCGAUGCACGUUGCUCUGCCUCCUCAACAAGUCGCUGCUUUUGGAUCUGGUCCAACCGUUAACGAAACCGACCUCAUCAACAUGGAAAUCGAUAGGAAGAACGAGGACGAAGAGGAAUACAAGGAAGAUGAAGACGAAGAACACAACAUUGUUGAUGAGCUAGAUGCUGAGCCUUCAUCUCCAAAGAGAAGGAAGUUUGGGGAAUCAACCAUGAUUGGAGCUACAAGAUCAUGUAAGAGCCAAAGAGUUAUCAUUCAAAUGGAAACUGAAGAAAACAAUCCUGACGAUGGUUUUCGCUGGAGAAAAUACGGUCAGAAAGUUGUCAAAGGGAACCCAAAUCCAAGAAGCUACUACAAAUGCACAUACACUGCGUGCGAUGUGAAGAAGCAUGUGGAGAGAGGAGCAGAAGAUGUCAAGUUUCUAUUGGUUACAUACGAUGGGAUACACGAGCACGAUCCACCAGCUGCACGUGGUAGCAGUUCUUCCGGUCUAAAGGGCCAGUACAGUUCAUCAGUGUCUCAAGACCAUAACAAUCACCGAACCGUGCCGCCUUCUUCCUCUUCGGCCUCUGAAGCCCUUAGGCUUUUCCCUUCUUCUUUGGACCCACCAGUGGAUAUGACACAGUUCUAUAUGACUGGACUCGCUAAGCUGCCGAGUUUACCGGUUAACCAGAACCAUGGUUUGAUGAACUGGAAUGUUGAACCAGAGAUUGAUCGUGUGAUACCGGACGGUACAGAGGUAUUCAAAGGGAUCAGGGAUCGACUUAAUCUCAACUUUGGUCUCAACCUUUAG